GAAUUACACUCUGUAUACAGAGGAGGUGCGGGUAAUGACGUCACGCGACUGUCAUCCUAGCUCCGGUAAGUUGAGCCCCUUAAAACAUAACCAAUGUCAACAGAGAACAAGGAAGCCCAGGAGGAUGAAUUACUAGCCCUCGCUAGUAUUUUCCCCGAACAUGAAUUCAAGAGAGCAGAUACGGCUCCUGGAGGCGAAAUCCAAGUGUGCCUUGAAUUGCCUUCAAAUUUUGAAGUAUCGUUGAAAAGUAACACGGCCAGCGUCAAUGCUGAACAGUUUGAAGAAACCGUUUCAUUCCUUCCGCCGAUUGUGUUGAAUUUUGAAUUUCCCUCGGAGUACCCAUCAACGUUGCCACCAGUCUUCACCCUCAGCUGCAAGUGGCUGUCACCAAAGCAGCUUUCUUGUCUGUGCCAACACUUGGAUGACCUUUGGCAAGAGAAUGCAGGGUGUGUUGUCUUGUUUGCUUGGAUGCAGUUUCUAAAGGAGGAGACUCUUCAGUACCUGAAUAUUAAAUCCCCAUAUGAGAUAGAAUUAAGUCCGAAUGUAUCACAGAAAUGGAAGAACCCCUCUGAGAAAGCAGAUGUUUGCACUACUAACGACGACGUAACCCUUGACAAAAGGGCUAUACAGGACGUGGAGUCUGUGUCUUCCCUUAUCAAAUGCAUCUUGGACUUCAACGAGGCUCAACAAAAGAGAUGCUUUGAUUGCAAAUCUUAUAUGUGUAAUAUCUGCUUCAACGAGAAGAUUGGAAGUGAGUGCACAUACUUCAAAGAUUGCCACCAUGUCUACUGCAACACAUGCCUUAAAGAGUACUUUGAAAUUCAGAUUAAAGAUGGCCAAGUCCAUGCGCUCAACUGCCCUGAGCCCGAUUGCACCUCCAUAGCUACACCCGCUCAGGUGAAAGAGCUAGUAGGGGAACAACUGUUUAGCCGUUAUGACCGACUUCUUCUGCAGUCAAGCUUGGAUCGAAUGCCUGAUGUAGUGUACUGUCCCCGUGCUAUCUGUCGGACACCGGUCAUGCAAGAGCCAGAGGAAACUAUGGGUAUUUGCUCCAGCUGUAAUUAUGCCUUCUGUACAUUCUGUAAGAUGACCUACCAUGGAGUCUCUCCAUGUCAAAUCACAGCAGAAAAGCGUAUCUGGUUGCGACAGGAGUAUCUGGUAGCAGAUGAAGCUGGUAAGAGGUUCCUGGAGAAACGUUAUGGGAAGAAAGUGAUACAGGAGGCGGUGGAGGAGAUGGAAUCAAUGGAGUGGCUGGAGAAGCACUCCAAGCCUUGUCCUCGCUGUGGAACACCCAUACAGAAAAUUGAUGGCUGCAACAAGAUGACUUGCACUAGUUGUACGCAAUAUUUCUGCUGGCUGUGCAUGAGCAUAUUGUCAAAAGGAGACCCAUAUGGCCAUUUCAACGACACGUCAUCGGCCUGCUUCGACAAACUGUUUCGUGGCGCACAUGCCGACGUGGAAGAUGAAGACUGAGAUUUGAG